CGCGAACAGUGUCAGUUCCUCUUCCCACAAAUCUCUAUCCCCGUCAAGCUGGAUAAUCUUUCCAAAGAGCUGGAUUCGAGAGACGAUUUCGCGCUAUCCUCUGAUUCUUUUGAAAGUGACAUGGGCAUACUUCCAUGUGGUGAGGAUUUGCAAUCACCGGAAAAUCGCGAUUCCUUCAUUCACCAUCAUCGAUUGCCCAAUCUCGAUUCCAGCAUGUUUGUGCAUCAACCUCAAGAUCUUAGUAUUCGCGUUAUGAAUCAGACUGUGCAAAAAACGUGUUCAGAUCUUACACUUCAGAACCGUAAGACUGUUGGUUAUCAUAUGUCAGUGCCAAACGAUUUUUUGAAUCAAUUUCCCAGAUCGAAUCCUUUUCACAUCGCGAUUAAUCAAACUAGAAGUAGAAGGCCUCAUCCGUAUGAUCGAUUCAGGAAAAAAAUAUCUCCUGAUUCAAGCAGCAGCUCAUCAGGAGAUCCACAGGUUCAGAGAGCCCAGGCUAAUAACAGAGAGAGGCAGAGGACGCAGCAGUUGAAUUCCUUUUUUUCUGAUCUCCGCCGUAAAGUUCCUUCAUUGCCUUCAGACAAACUUUCAAAGAUUCAGACUCUGAGGUUUGCCAUGGACUAUAUUCAGUUUCUCAAUCAUGUCCUCAGCCAUGGUUUGGAACUGAUGAGCGGAGAUGUGCCUGAGUCAUGGACUUCAUCUACCUACCUGACCCAUGAACUCCUGUCCCGAGAAUUCCUUUUCAGAAGGAUGCAAAAUGCAUGGGCAUCUCAAAGACACCCCUCCUAAAAAAGUAAACAUAGAAUUCUAAAAAUCCUGCCUUGUAAAAUUCCAUUAUUUUGUACAGACAUCGUUUUAAUGACAACUUGAAAGAGAUAUUUUGUUCUAGGCGUUGAAAAAGCUUCUCUUUGCCAUUUUAGAUGAACUCAGAAUUUUAUGAAAUUGUACUUUUAUUUAAUCCAGAUGAAAUAAUUAAAAUAAUUGCAUAUUGACAUUUUUUAAAAUUGUAUUAUUAAUCAUAUGACAUUAUUGAAUAUUAAAUUAUUAUUUGUAUGGAUUUUUUAUGACAAUGUAAAAUUAUUAUGUUUAGCUUAUGGUUAACUUCAAUUUAAUGUUAAACUUAUUAUCUUUAAAAAACUGUUUAAUUUUUUUUCUUCUCAAAUAUUUAUAAUAAAUAGUGUUUAUAUCUAAACUGAAAAAUCAUAUAGUUAAACUUAUACAUUUUCAUAUUUAAUUUUUAGAUUACCUUCAUCACAUUGUAGACUAUUUAUGGUAAAAUUUAACAAGAUAUAUUCAAGUAUAUUUUAAUAAGUAUUUGGAGAAAAAAAUAUCUGCAGAAAAUAUAUAAACAAAACUAAUUACAUUUGCAAAAAUUUUUAGGCAUUUGAAAAAUAUGUUUUUAAAAAAGGCU